AUGGAGCAGUCGCAGAAUUCGUCCAACAGCAAUCAAUGCUUCUUGGAAAUCAAACCAGGAGAAGAUUAUCAGCGUUGCAUUUGGUGCAUCAAUUUCAGAUCCCUAAAAGACAAGGAAAAACAUAGCUUUACUCCGACAAAAGAACGAUCAACUCCUUCUUCCUCGGAAACAAAAUGGAGAUGUGAUUUCAAAGAUCGAAGAGUGGGAAUUCGGGAAUUGUGCGGAGAUGAAUGCUUGGACUUCCUUAUACCAGUUCAGACUAGUUUUCCCAAUCAAGUCUCGUACUCAGUCAAAAGAAGUAAUGUUGCCGUGCGAAAAUUGCAAGGCUUGUCAGAUGCUGUCAAGAAUGAUCGUAGGUUCCAUGAACUCCAACUUAAACAUCAAUGGUUAAUUGAUCAAGAAAAUAAGGAAUAUUUCAGUGAUGCAUAUGGUAUCACCAAUAUUAAUCCAUUGCUUGUAGAUAAUCAUGGAAUGACUGUUUUGUUUUUAGAUAACCGUGGUAUUCUGUUUGAAUGGUGCGAAUUAACACGAGACAUGUAUGUCUUAGGAAUUAAUGAUAUGGAAGGCCUUGCGAACUUUCUCUACCAUCCGGAAAAGAAGCUUAACAUUAUGGAAGACACUGGUUGA